GCCGAGGGACGCGCACCGAGCCCGCCGCCAGCCGGAGCCACCGCCGGGGAGCGACCUGUCAGGGCACCUCGCAGGCCGGCCCCAGGAGCCCUUCCCACGCGUUGGUUUGUCCCUGGGAGAAGGCGAGUUGGGAGCCUCUCCAUGCCUUAUCAAGUUCCUUAUCUGAGCGGCUCCCAGAAGCUGUAGACCAGUUCAGCUCUAUCUGGUGUAGGGGAGAAAAACAGUGUAGCUCUCGCGCUCCGUCGUAAAUCGAGGACCACCUAUUCUACUGGGGUUUAACACACGAAGAUGGUGAAAUGCGGAUUGCUGGGUGAACCAAUAGGUCUCUGUUGUGGAGCGAGGGCUUUGUAUUCACCUUCCAGUUCCUGAUCUGUUCCGUGUGUGAGAGGACGCUGAUCUUCCUCCUUCAUUCCCCUUCCCUAAACCUUCCUUGCUUCCAUGUUGCAUUGGUCAGACUUUUGGUCAGUGUUGUUUACGGAAGGUGGGGGGGGAAAGAAGGCAGUUGAGGUUACAAACAAAAGUACUUGUAUGACUCAUCUACUUGGAUUUAAGACAUUGUAUCCUUCUUUCACGGGGCCUUUGCUUCUCUCUGAAGGAAUCAGAUGCUUAUUCCUAUUCUUCCAGAGGAGGAUGAAUUGAAAGUUGUACGUUUUAGACUUAUUUUGGGCCACUGCUGAUAUUAUUAAAAGACAUAAUGGGAUUUUUUCACUGGAUUAUUGCCAGAAUUAGUUUACACACUGAAACAAUGAGUUGUUAGGCCUCUCAAACGAUAAUAUUUGCCCUGCUUUAAGUUGCUGUGGAGGUGUUUUAAAAAUUGUGGAGGACAGUCUGCAUCAGAAGAGGCUCUCUUCAUAUCUGGUUGGUGUGGCAACCACAAUCUGUCCUCGAUGCCUUCAGCCUUGGCCAUCUUCACUUGCCGCCCGAACUCCCAUCCGUUUCAGGAGCGUCAUGUCUACCUGGACGAGCCUGUCAAGAUCGGCCGCUCCGUGGCUCGCUGCCGGCCAGCCCAGAACAAUGCCACGUUUGACUGCAAGGUGCUGUCCAGGAACCAUGCUCUUGUCUGGUUUGAUCACAAGACAGGCAAGUUCUAUCUUCAAGACACUAAAAGUAGUAAUGGUACCUUCAUUAAUAGUCAGAGACUGAGUAGAGGAUCUGAGGAAAGCCCACCAUGUGAAAUUAUGUCAGGUGACAUCAUCCAGUUUGGUGUAGAUGUGACGGAGAACACGCGGAAAGUUACCCAUGGAUGUAUAGUCUCCACAAUCAAACUGUUCCUUCCAGAUGGAAUGGAAGCUCGAUUGCGAUCAGAUGUUAUCCAUGCUCCAUUACCAAGUCCUGUUGACAAGGUUGCUGCUAACACUCCCAGUAUGUAUUCUCAGGAAUUGUUUCAGCUUUCACAGUAUCUACAAGAAGCCUUACAUCGGGAACAAAUGUUGGAACAGAAGCUGGCAACCCUUCAGCGAUUACUUGCUGUCACACAAGAGGCUUCAGAUACUAGUUGGCAGGCUUUAAUAGAUGAAGACAGGCUGCUAUCAAGACUAGAGGUUAUGGGAAAUCAAUUACAGGCUUGUUCAAAGAAUCAAACAGAAGACAGUAUACGAAAAGAGCUUAUAGCAUUACAGGAAGACAAACACAACUAUGAAACAACAGCCAAAGAGUCCCUGAGGCGGGUCCUUCAGGAGAAAAUUGAAGUGGUCAGAAAAUUGUCUGAAGUGGAGCGGAGUUUAAGUAAUACAGAAGAUGAAUGUACACAUCUGAAAGAAAUGAAUGAGCGGACUCAGGAAGAAUUAAGGGAAUUAGCUAAUAAGUACAAUGGAGCUGUAAAUGAAAUUAAAGAUCUUUCUGACAAGCUAAAGGUAGCAGAAGGAAGACAAGAAGAAAUCCAACAAAAAGGGCUGGCUGAGAAAAAGGAAUUGCAGCAUAAAAUAGAUGAAAUGGAAGAAAGAGAGCAAGAGCUUCAGGCAAAAAUAGAAGCUUUGCAGGCUGAUAAUGACUUCACCAAUGAGCGACUGACUGCUUUACAAGUACGGUUAGAACACCUUCAAGAGAAAACUCUUAAAGAACACAACAGCUUAGGCAUACAAGUUGACGACUUCAUACCUAAAAUUAAUGGGAGCACAGAGAAAGAGCACUUUCUUUCAAAGAGUGGAGGGGACUGCACUUUUAUUCAUCAGUUCAUAGAAUGUCAGAACAAGAUCAUAGAUGAAGGACAUCUAACCAAAGUGGAAGAAACAAAGCUAUUGAAAGAGAACCAAGCACGAGUCAAAGAAUCGAACGAUUUGUCCGACACCCUCAGCCCAAGCAAGGAAAAAAGCAGCGACGACACUACAGAUGCUCAAAUGGAUGACCAAGAUCUAAAUGAACCUAUUGUCAAAGUAGCUCUUCUAAAAGAUGAAUUGCAGGGUGCACAAUCAGAGUCUGGGGCUAAGCAAGAAAUUCAGCAACUGCACAAGGAUCUGAUUGAAGCCCAAGAGCUAGCUAGGACAAGUAAACAAAAAUGCUUUGAACUUCAAGCUCUCUUGGAAGAAGAGAGAAAAGCAUAUCGGGUGCAAGUUGAAGAAUCCAACAAGCAAAUAAAUGCUCUGCAAGUUCAGUUGCGAAGGUUGCAAGAAGAAAUUGAGACUCUUCGCAAGGAAAAGGAGAAUGAAAUUUCAAGCACUCGAAAUGAACUAGUCAGUGCUCAAAAUGAGAUUCUGUCGCUUCAAAAAGUAGCAGAAAAGGCAGCAUCAGAACGAGACACAGAUAUUUCUACAUUGCAAACCGAGCUGCAGACGGUGCGAGCGGAGCUUGAACGGUGGAGGAAAGAUGCCUCAGAUUAUGAACAAGAGGUUGUCAAUCUGAAAGCCAGCUAUCAACUCAAGUGCCAGCAGUGUGAGCAGCAGCAGCAGGAGGAGGCCUCUCGCCUAAAAGCUGAACUUGAAAAGUUGAAGGCAGAGUGGAUUGCUCUGGAAGCUGAAUGUGUUAAACUGAGGCAGGAAAAUACUUCACUUGCAUCUGAACUUCAGCGACAAGAGAAGGAGCUUUCUAGCUCUCAGAAACAGAGUUUAGCACUAACCAGCGAUAUAAGUGUUCUUGAAAUGUCUCGAAAGGAACUUGAAAAUCAGAUGGGAUCUUUGAGAGAAAAACAUCAACGGGAUGCAGCCAGUCUAAAAACACAACUCAGUGAAGCUGAGAGUCAAGCAAAAGAUUUUCAGAAAGAGUAUGAAAGAACACAGACUGUGCUCUCCGAGCUGAAGGCCAAGUAUGAGGUGGCUGAACAACAAAACCAGUCACUGACUGAAGAGCUCAAACAAUGUAAAGAAAACCUGAAGCUGCUACAAGAAAAAGGAAACAAUAACUGCUCCUGGAAAGCAGAAACAAACCCUAGUAAUUGCUCUAUGUCCCUGGAGUCCUUAACAGAGCAUCUGCAGACAUGACAGGAACAAGACCUGCUCCGGAUCCCUGCAGUUUUCCGCAAUGGCAGAGAUCAGUUCAUGCGUUACUGUUUCAGUGCUCUGUGUGUGCUCAGUGCUGUGGCAUUACAAAGAAGAUGACUUUAUUUUCUGCUGCAAGGAGGUUGAAAUCUUAACAUCCUGAACAUAUGGAAGGAGAGUUUUCUCUGACUGUCAAAAAUCUCAUAAAAUGUAAGCUGGGGGGAGAGGGGAGGCCACGUGCAUGCUCAAUGUUCAAGAAAAAGCUAUUUGUGCUCAGUGUAAUGGCAAUAUUUUUCAGUUGCAACUGUCCUGUGCAGAAGUUUAAUCUCCCUACUGUGGACAGAGUGAGAACAAUGAGCGCUACAUCACUUUUAACAUGGCCAGUUUUUUAAGAACAAAAGAAAUCGGUGUCAAGUAUGUGAUUUGGGUCACUUCUGCACAUUUUUUUUGUCUGUGCUUCUAUUUAUGCCCUGGCCAGUUCUUAUACUCCUCAACCUUGUAAGAAAGUAGACGUGGUUAAUAACUUUAAAAGGAAAGAGACUGGUUUCCUAGAUCUGAUCUGAGCAUCACAGCCUUUAUUUAUGUAAACAUAAAGUGACAUCAUCUUCUGUUGCAGAACGGGAGCCCUAAACAGUUACACGAGAGCAAAUUUUAGGAAGUGUCCUUAUGAGACAAGUGUGAUUCAUCUUCAAGUGUGUAUAUUUAAGAAAGGUGCUGUAUCCUGAGUCAGAUAAGUUCUGUGAAUCUGACUUUACUCCAGUUCAAAUUGUAAUGUAUUAGCAAAAAUCAAUCAACUUUUUUUUUCCUUUUAAACUGUUUGAAGAUUGGUGCUUGCAGCCUGCUGGGGAGUGGGAAGAGCAGCAGAGCUGGCUUUUUUGUCCCCUUUCAGCUUUCUCCAGCAAUCUGCUUUUGCACUCCUCCAAAAGCCUUUUGUAAGUGAUGCCUGACCCAUCCAGUGAUGGUAAAGGCUGCCUUGUUCCCAGAAUUUAGUGUUAGUCAUCCAGGGCAUGGUGUUCAGGGCAUUGCUGAACUGCCAGUAAAGCACUCUGUUUCCUACUGGGAGCUUUGCUGAUGUCUGUUAGAAAAUACCACCACAGCCAGGUUCAGUCUCUUCUCCACCACACAGUGUGGAGGAAAUGUGCAUCCUUUCUGGCCAGAGCUGAGAAAGCAAAACCAUACACCACAGUAUGGCUGAGUCUCUGCCAAGGGUGAACAUCUGCUCUACAGCUUCUCAUUCAGCCCUUAAAGACAUCCUGUGAGCAGCCAAGAGCACUGGCCAGGCUGGGUUCCUGCAUCUGUUUUGUACCUGAAUGGGAAGUCACUCUCUCCAAAGGGGAUGGUUGCACAUUAGCAGGCUCCACCUCUGUGCCAGCUGCACACAUGCAGCAGCACAUGGACCUGCCUGCUGGAGAGAGAAAUCCCUGGUUUCUCCUCACCUGGAUUUUCUAUGCCAUAUUUACUGAAAAGAAUUGCUCCUAUAGUGAAUUACCAUGAGCAAAGUAGACAAGAACUCCCCAUUUCCUAGCACCUGCCUUGCUGCAGGGACAUGUCUCUGUGCCUCUUCUUGCUGUCAGGAAGUGACUCCAUCUGUGCUGGUCAGGCAGGGACAGAAGGCUGAAAGUUCUUUGGGUUGCUUGCUUGCUUGCUUGCUUUGUUUGUUUAAAAAUUAGUAAGUGUUUAGCAAGCAUUAGUCAUUGUUUCCAGUGAAUUUGCUUUCAAACUUGGCCUUAUGCCUGGGCACAGGCUGGGGUUAAGUGCUCUUGGCCAUUGGGAGGUGCCAUGGCCCACUGUGCUCCAGUCAUGUCCUAAACUGGAGAACCUCUGUCCUCUCUGAAUUGUUUCCUCUGUGAAUGAAGGCAAAUGUUGAAUUAUACCAGGGGCAGAACAGCAUUUCCCCAACCUUCCUUGUGAAGUAGCUAGUGCCAGUUUUCCUUGGCUUUAAGCCAGGGCUGGCUCAGCAAACCUUUGGGUCAGAUUCCUGAUUCUCCCAUCUGGUAUUUGCCUUUUGCUGUUGCCCCUGGCAGUGCUGCCAGGCUGGAGUGGAGGGAGCACUCCUGGAGCCUGGGCUGGCUCUGGGAGAGGCUCCAGUGCUGCUGAGCUGCUGUGGGGGAGUCACCAACUUGCUUUUUGUGGCUCCUGCCAGGUUUCACUUCCUCUGAUGCCUGAGUGUCACACCUAAACCUGAGGAAGAUCACAUCUGAAGGUGUUCUAUCUUCCCAGCUCCCUGUGGGAGGGGUAACUCCCUGAUGGCACUUUGUGCUUUGUUCUGAGCUUACCAAGUGUCUUCACCCUCCUCUCAAAACCACAGCUUUAUAAAAGCAGGUGGUCCCAGCUGGUGUCAGGGCAGAAGUGAGAUGGUUUGGGGCAUCUCACAAACAGGCACCAGCUCCUCACUGGGGCCAAAUCACAGCAGUGCCCCAAACAGGUCCUCAGUGUGCCCCUCCCUGGUGUGGGUCUGCCCAGGGCUAAGGGCUGGUGUCCUGGCUGACAUGCAGGGCAGGAAGCAGCUUUCACUCCUCUGCUUCCAGGAAGGUGAGGAGAUUUGGACCAGUUUUGGAGAAGCUGAUCUUCUUUUGGAGAAGAUUUUGGGUGCCACCAUCCUGUGACGAUUCUCAGGAGUAUCCUUGAGAUACCAUUUAUCCAGAAGAUUUGCUGUGCCUGGUAACUUUAGGGAUGUGUGUUUCUUCCCUGGUCUUACUAAGAUCCUGGUGAGCCAUCUGGAAAUUUCAUCCUAUGAUUACUCCAGGAUCUGGAAGACCUUUUGUAGCUACUAAUCCCAGAAACAGAUUUUUCCUUCAUCCUGUCUGUCAACACAGUCUUUAACUUAUUUUUAUGGGUUUCAGCACAUGUUUGAAGCAUCACUGCCUUAGGAUACAAUUUAUUUUUGCCAGACUAUCUCAGUGCUCCAUAUAUCUACUUAUAGCACUUUCUGAGGAACAGCUGUUUUGUGGAUAUUUAUUAGGAUCUUCUGUGUCCUUCUCUGUUUGCACACCUAGAACAGGAAUCAGUGAGAUUUAGCAUGCCAUGGGCAUGAGAUCCUAGGAAAUUAUGCUUUGUGGUGCCACUUACUUUGCUGCAAAAAAAUGAGUAGUGUUUUCAUUGGUAAGACAUGAUAAAUAUUUCAUUAAAAAAUACUGAUCCAAUUAAAGCAAGGGAAGUAAAGCAAAAAGACUAAUCUAAGGUAACUGGUGCCAUGCUGGAUUUUUGGUAUUUUGCCCCUUUUUAUUGUGUCUUGCCCUCUGGCUCUUGUUCACUCACCAAAAUAACUUGUGGAUGAAGUUUGCUGUAUGUGUCUUAACCCCUCUGUGGAGGGAGUGGGAUAUGGCAAGCAGGAAUCUUGUGUGCAGGAAAAGUGUUGAAUAGAGUGCCUUCAGUGCUGGGGGAGUUUGGGAAGGUCUGUGUUGUCAUCUUGCCUGGAACCAUGGCAAGAACAUGAGGCCCAGACAGAAGUCCAGAGAAGCUCCCAGGACACAUUCCCGUGGCUGGAGCACGGCAGGGUGAGGAGAGGCAGGAGGAGUCUGUGUGUGUGUGCACAGACCCAGCGAGGGGCUCGCUGCCAGUCCCCAGGUUUGCUGUGUGCCUGUGUGUAGGAGUGGGACCCAGAGCACACAAAGCCAAGAGUGAUGCAGGGAGAGCUGCCUCCUCUUUCUCUCUUGUUAAGGAAGAAUUCUCAAAAAAUGUUUUUACAUUUCUUGGGAACAACAGAAAAGCUUGACCUAAUUGCUGUUCUAAAUCUAUGCCCAUGGCUUCUGAAAGGCCCAGCAGGAUAUAAAACCACCAGUUCCGAUUUUUGCCAGAACAUCAAAGUGUUUCCUUUUAUGUAGUAAUCUUAAAGCUAGUCCAAGAAAACACUCACACCAUUACUUAGAUAUUCCAGUUGUGCCACCAGUUUGGAAACUUGAAUUAUAUUUCCCACAGGCAAAGCUUCCAUCGUUAGUUAAAUCUGAUGGUCUUCCACUUGCUUGGGAAGAUACAACUUCCUUUCCAUAGUCUGAAAAAUGGCUGCAGCUCAAAGCUGAGCCAAGAGUGAUGAUUGAUGCACUAUAAAAAUAGGACCUUAGCAUAGUAACCAAAGUCCUAUUUAGGCUUUAAAUGUUUUUUAAUCAUAGUCAUAUCCUUCUCUGGAAAAGAAGCUUCACAUGGACCAUUCAGUACUCAUUUAAUAAACAUUUUGUUAUUUUACUGUUUGAGAUUACAGUUCCCAUCUUUUUCACUUGUGCAUCAUGCCUAAACUUGAUGAGUAGAGAUAAAAGCUUGUGUCCCUCCAGUGAUUUAAUCAAAGUUAGUCAGGUAGGACCCAGUCCUAUCCCCUAAGUCUUACUCACUUCUGGAAAGCUUUGUAGGCUGUGGUUCCCCUGCCUGUGCCAGUGUGUUUAUUUAGUAAGCGAGGCCAUUGCACAGGAUUCAUUCGUGUGUGCUCCACAAGCCAUGGCUGCUCUGCUCCAGAGAUUAGAACUACAUCAUAUCAAGGCAUUAUAAAAUUGAGAGGGACAUGGAGUUUUUUUGGCCUGGUUCUACUGGGACUUUCUUGAAAAGUGCAGUUAUGUGGGCAGAGUCUGAGAUAUUUCUUUUUUCUGCUGGAGUGACCUCACGGUAGCACUUGACCUUGCAGUCAAGCCAAGGUGGGUUUGUCCUUUGGCCACUGGGCCCAGGACAGCCCCAGCAGAUGCACGAGCUCCUGGUCAGGGGGAAAUCCUGGAAUGCCAAACAGCCACCAGGGCAAGCAGAGUCCCGUCAUACUCAAAGUGGUUUCAGUGACUACAGGAUGUGUGCUCAGAAACGGAGAGGUUGUUCAAGAAUCAUUUAGAUGUAGAAAAUCCUCCUGCUUAAGUAAAUAUCCUGCCGAGUUUCUCCUGGAAAAUAAUUUGAUGUGUAAAGCUGUAUCUUUUCCACAUUAUGAGGGAUGGGAUUUAAGAGAGACGUGUCUAAUUCUCCAAACUUAGAAAGCACGUGGGCCUCAAACUCUUUUCCCAGUUGGAAAAUUUGCUGUUAAGGAAAUAGAUUUUUAUAAGCAAUAUUUAAUUCAAGCAUUUGGCUAAUUCUCCUGCUGCAAAGCUUUUAGGUCAAAUUCUGAUUCAUUGAUGUGGCUCUGGUAUUAAAGGGAUUAGGAGAGGAAGUGGACUCUGAAGUUAGGAAAACUUUGGUUUCUUGUUCACUUUUUCCUACUCAUCAAAUGUAUAUUUGACCUAUGUUUCUAUUUUAAGUGUUGUAGGAAAACUUACUCCUACGUGUCUGCCUUUGCUCUUUUUCUGCCCAUUGUCAUCAGCUCUCCAUGGGUGUGUUCCAUUUUACUGUUGCAGAAAGGGAUCCUGAUCAUUCUGGACAUGACAUUGUUGUACAAAUGCUGGGAAUUUCUACAUUUAUUCCAUUAGAUUAGAGAAUGGAAAAUGGGUGGUUUAUUAUUCUUAUUACUCAUUAAAAGUAUGUGUUAAAACAGUGCCCUGUUUCACAAUGUGAUGUUCUGCAGUAGCUCAGGCCCUGAGGGAAGCCAUAGCCAGCACCUUCCUUCUGUUGCUAUGUGUGUGUAUUCACAGAGGUGUGUGGUGUGUUCAGGAUUCCUACAGGGAUCACUUCGGGGAUCCCUCUGAAAACUUUCCAUCUGGCAUUCAGGUCAGUCUCCCUCUGUCUGUCCUUGCCAUUUCUCUGUUGUGUGUGUGACCCUCAGCUCCUGUUGCCCACAAUCCCACUCUCUCCCAGCUUCCACGACUUCCCAUUUCCCAUUGGGAGUACUCUCAUUCCUAGGUCUCAGACACCUGGCAGCCAUCAAUCCAGUGUAAUUUACAGUAUCCUGUAAUACAGUGAAUGAUGGUUGUGAGUGCUUUUUCCUUGCUGUGUUCAUAAAGCAGCUACAAAGAGACUGUGGGAGGAGCCAGGUCUGCAUCCCACGCUGGCUCUGGUACUGUGGAGUUGUGAUGGAUUUACUGCUUUCAUAGAUGCAGCAAACAACAUUGCCAAACCCAGUGGUUUAUCUGGGGCCAUCCAUGUGUUCUGGAAAAAACAGCUCAUCCUGGGAGAAAAGAAUGAUGGGGGUUUCCCUCAGUUUCCAGUAAUUACUUUGAGAGUAAUUAUGUUGCUUAAAAGAAAGAGCUGCUGCUCAUCUUGUGAGAAACAGGAGAUAAGAACAAGGGGGUUUAAUGUGACAACUGUUUGGGAUACCAGCCCUGCCAGGGCUCUGGAGAGAGGAGAGCACACUGGUGAUGAGCCAAAUUCGCCCUGGGGCCAGUCAUUAGUCAGGUGGGAGCUUCCCACUAGAUUGAGGGUAUCCUGGGAGGUCUGGAAUAGGGAGAAAAGAAGGGGCUUGCCAAAGCAGAGGACAUUACCAAUUUUCUCCCAGAUUUCACCAUGUAAUUCAUGCUUUGCUCUGUAAAGCACUGUGAUAUAGUUUGUAUACAUUAUGUAAAAUAAGUUGUAUUCUAUUAUAUUGAAGAAAUACAAAUAUAAAAUAAAGACAAAGGAUGGAGUAAA